UUCCACCGCUUGCUCUCCUUCUUCGCAACCCGUUCAUCACGCCCAAACACCUCGACGAUAACCUUCAUGGACUCUCUUCGAGGUGACCUCUCUCUUGGCCUCAACUUCCCCGUCGCAGUCUUCCUAGCCACUGUCCGUCAUCUCGUGUUCCGCAACACUGGUUUCUGGUCCUUGACCAUCUACGUCCCCACCGUACGCACAAGUCGCAAACUGCUCGGCGGCCCUUCUGCAUGCAAAGACCUAGAUGAAAGCAAGAGAUAUGGAUGUGGGGAACUAGUGACAUUGGCAAAGAAUGACGGCGUCGUCGCUCAAGCUGAUGCUGUGGGUUUGUGGAUGCUUGCUGCCGAGAAGGACGGUAAAGUGAAGGGAGAGGAGGUGAGAUUGUUCCAACGGGGUGAGAUUAUGGAGAGAAUUGCUGCUCGUAGAAGAGGCAUGGAUAAUGUGUUGCCCUUCUGGAGAGGUGGGCCAUUGAUUCCUUCUGCUCAUUCAUGGGCUGUCAAGAAGGCCUUUGAUGUCGAGGUCUAC